AUGGAUGCAAAGCUCACAAAGGUUGACAAGAACGAACUGUUGUCGAUAGAAAAUCCACAGUAUGAACAUGUUAAAGCCAAGUACCCCCACCUAGCACAAGUCAACUUGACGGACAACAACAAGAAAGACCAAUUACCAAUUCAUGUUAUUUCAAGCGUGGGUGACUAUGCGAGAAUUAAGACCAACCGACCACCAGUGGUAGGUGAAGCUGGAGAACCUGUUGCUGAAUACACCAAACAGCGAAGGUUUAUCAUGUCGCCCGGAAAUGAAAUCGACCGACAAACUAUGUUUCUUACCCAGACCAGCCAUGUAGAUUAUGAGGAACUGUGUCGUCUUGAUGUGUUGGGGCUCAAAGAUUCCACAGAACACGAUCAGGACAUAGUGCAUGCAGAGUUCAAGGAUCAGCUAGUGAAGGAUGGUACGAGACAGGACUGCCCGCCAACAAACAGGGAAGUCUCCGUCGUCUGAGUAGUCUAACAAAGAAGUUGAAGCGAGACGGGCACAUCGAAGAAUACAACGCUGUUAUUCGAGCACAACUCCAAGAAGGCAUUGUGGAAGAGGCACAUACAACGGUCACUGAUAAAGAGUUCUACAUCCCUCAUAAGGGCAUGGUCAAGGAGUCAUCAGAGACAACUAAAUUGCAAGUCGUCUACGAUGCUUCAGCGAAAGAAGACCCAUCAUCACCUUCCCUAAACGAAUGUCUAUACCCUGGCACACCCCUCCAGAAUAAGCUUUGGGACGUAUUGAUACAGCAAAGAGCGUUCCCAGUGAUGGUUUCCAGUGAUAUAUGUCAAGCCUUCCUGCAAAUCCGGAUCAAAGCAGCUGAGAGAGACGCGCUACGGUUUCAUUGGUGUCGAGAUGAUCUGUCACCAUUGAAGACCUUACGGUUUACGAGAGUCUUAUUUGGUCUUGUACCCUCGCCUUAUCUACUCCAUGGUGUAAUCGAGACUCAUUUAGACAUCUGGUCCAAAACUUACCUUGAGGAAGUCGAGCAUCUACGUCGAAGCAUGUACGUGGACGAUCUACUAAGCGGCGGUUUGACAGUGGACCAACCUACGAGACGCAAAGAAAUUUCCCGAGAAAUUUUACAGGACGCUACAUUUGAACUUCAUAAGUGGAGCUCCAAUGUACCACAGUUGGAAGUUGACGAGGUUCAUCAAGUAUCGGAAUUUUCGGACGAACAGUCUUAUGCAAAGACACAGCUGAUGGUGAAACCCAAAGAAUCGAAAGUGCUCGUCUAA